AGUUGGCUUUAUGAUGAAGGCGAAGACUGCAAGAAAAACGAAUACGUCGACAAAUUGCAGCAGCUUCAGAAUUUAGCUGCUGUACAGGCCCGUAAGCGUGAUCAUGAAAGCACUCCUUGUGCCGCCGAAAUGUUUGCUGCUUCGUUGAAUCGUUUCAAGAAAGCGUACACUGCUUACAAUAGCGGUGAUGCAGCCUACGAUCACUGGACGCCCGAAGAAGCAAAGAAGUUGGAACUAGCAAUUGCUAAAAAAGUUUCUUGGUUGGAUGCCAACAUCAGCCGUGUGAAGGCAACUCUUAAGACUAAGGACUUGCCUAUCAAAGCCGCUGCCUUCCAUAGCGAACAGCAGGCUUUUGAAAGCAGCAUGAAUCCAGUUUUGAACAAACCCAAACCACAGCCUCCUGCCCCACCGGCUGAAACUGCACAGUCGUGCAAGCCAGAGGAUGCUGCCAACGGCUCAACAAUAGUGCUCGCAGAAUUGAUCCGUGGACCGCAGUCCCGAAUCCAUCAUGCGAAGUUAAUUGGCCGUGCACCACCAACUUAUAUCGGAUGUGCGCUCCGUAUUGAAAACCAUUGCUAAAUUUCAUAAAGCUUUACAUAAUUUUGCUAGGACA